GCUGAUUGUUUGUUGUAUUGAACGAACAGGGCAAGCGAAGGGCCCCAAUUCGCUGUGGAGGAAAUCUGUGCUCACAGGUGCCAACGGUGGAGCGUACGACGUGUGCGAUGAGGAGCCAACUGGAACUUGUCUAGCCGACCUUUAUAUUGGCUUGCACGUGGAACCUCGAGCAGUUUCCGGCUUCAGUCGCAUCGACACGAUGGAGGAUACACUCAGAGCUCCCCUUUCUGGAGGAAGUCCUGAAAAGGACCGAGAAAGCAGUCAGGCUCAAUUAAAUAAAUUGUCUGAAGAAUGUCUGACGAGACAACCUGACGAAGUCUUCGACCUGCUGUGUAAACUAGGCGAAGGGAGUUACGGAUCAGUGUACAAGGCAUUACAUAAAGAGUCGGGUCAAGUGCUCGCCAUAAAACAAGUUCCCGUCGACACCGACCUUCAAGAGAUAAUCAAAGAAAUAUCAAUCAUGCAGCAGUGUGAUUCGCCCUUCGUGGUGAAGUACUACGGAAGCUACUUCAAGGGGACCGACCUGUGGAUUGUCAUGGAAUACUGCGGAGGUGGAAGUGUGUCAGACGUCAUGCGAAUGCGAAAAACCACGCUUCAAGAAGACGAAAUCGCGACGAUUCUCUGCGACACCCUAAAAGGGCUCGAGUACCUCCACCAAAGGCGGAAAAUUCACCGCGACAUCAAGGCAGGAAACAUCCUUCUGAAUUCCGAGGGGCACGCCAAGCUUGCCGAUUUUGGUGUAGCCGGACAAUUGACAGACACGAUGGCGAAACGCAACACCGUCAUCGGCACUCCGUUCUGGAUGGCCCCUGAAGUCAUCCAGGAAAUCGGUUACGACUGUGGGGCCGAUAUCUGGUCGCUUGGCAUUACGGCUCUGGAAAUGGCAGAAGGCAAACCUCCAUACGGCGACAUUCAUCCCAUGCGAGCAAUUUUCAUGAUACCGUCCAAACCGCCUCCGUCUUUCCGGAAUCCCGACAAAUGGAGCUCAGAGCUUAUUGAUUUCGUUUCCCGAUGCUUAGUCAAGAAUCCUGAAGAACGUGCCACAGCCACGAUGCUGCUCCAGCAUCCCUUCAUACUGCAGGCGAAGCCUGUAACAAUUCUACAACGGAUAAUUACCGAAGCUAGUCGACUCCAAGAAGAGAAAAGCAAUAUGGGCGAAGGCAACACCGCCGACGAUGAGGUGGACGACAGCACAUUAGUACCGGAGCGGAACAAUAACAGUAACAAUAGUCACAAUAACAACAGCAACACUCUCGAUGCCGAUUCGGCGGGAAUCGAAAAGGUCGACGGCGCAUUGGAUUCGAGUACGUCCGAGACCUUUUCCCGAAUCGAGCAUCACUGUGCCACUUUAAGCGACGUGGAGAGCAACCUCGGCACGUUAGUGAUCAAUGAUGAAGAGGAUGACUCCACGAUGCGGGACAGGGAGCCCUACCGACCUUAUUUUCUCGAUCACUUCGAACGGAAACAGCUCGAACAGCAACAACAUAAUCAGCAACAGCUGCAGCAACUCAACUCGAAGACCAUAACGCUCCCCGCCAAACUGCCUUCAACAGCGUCCACGAACAAUGCCGCGGCUGAAGCCAAUAGAGCGUCCGCGUCAGCCUCGGCCGAGGAGGAUCUGCAACGGAGAUUAGCUCAAAUAUCAAGUGGAAUGGGAUUAGGCGGAAGCUUAGGAGACAUGACGAUGGCAUUAGCGUGCGAUAGCGAAACACAGACUUUCGGACCGGCGAUCGCAGGCCUAGAUAUGCCAGCCAUGGGGGCUCACCUUGAUCUAGAAAUGCAGCUCAAGGUCCUUUCGUACGAGGAACUGCAGGGCCGACUUGCCACACUCGACACCGAAAUGGAACGAGAGAUCGAGGAGCUCCGGCGGCGCUACCAGGCCAAGCGACAGCCCAUACUCGACGCCGUGGAUACGAAGAAACGUCGUCAGCAGAACUUCUAGACCUCAGAGAGUCACAGCCUGCGUUUGACGGUCUUCCGAGGGAGCAGUCGUUGCAGCCGCACGCCCUGUCCGAGAGGAAACUCUUCCAGUCGCGGCUUCCAUAUCCUUAUGAGGCGAAGAGAUGCUUGUACAGAGAGAGCAUCAUCGUAUUUUUGAAUUUCUCCCAGCCUGCCCAUCUUCAAGAGGAGGAAAGGGUUGAACUAAGGAUUGGGUCCGAGGAGCGUCUUAUCAUCCCCAAAAACAAUUGACGAGUGAACUCCCAACUUUGAAAAGUACCUCUAGUCAGCAGAAAGAAAAGAUACUUCUGAAGUGCCUUCUCGCGGCUGUCUCGAUCGGGGAGUUCACCAUCUGAUCAGAAACUCGGACGCGGAUCAGAGGAAGCACAGUGGUAACCUCCCCGGGACGAAUGGAUAACUUGACGAUCAAGCGACCGAUUGAUGCCCAAAAAACGUACCAACCACAGGAUGAAAUUUGUUGUUAUAUUCUACGGCGUGAAGAGCGGAUGAGUCCAAGUUCUUGGCCAAGCAUCUUGUUUCUUCAUGAGCAGCGCACAAUUACCCACCCGGUCUUCACUCAGGCGAUCAUGAGACUUGUACAGCGGAGCGACAAAAUACAGAAGUGAUCUGCGAGGAAUUUGAGUGAGCCGGUCAUGAAUCAUCCGCAGAAUCAGGAAGGCUAGAUGGCAAUUCUCUUCUCUGGGAAACAUAUUCGACUUGACUAUGUAUUGCGGGUCCUACGUUUUGCUUGCUAAGCUCAACGAGCGAAACGAAUCAGCGGAUCGCAAUGAUGAGCUGAACAGGGGAGAAAAAUUCUACGUGGACCGAGUGAAUGUCGGUCGAUAUCCUGUUGAGGAUCAGAAAGUGGUGAAUAAAAUCUGUUGCUGAGGUUGAACAACAC